AUGGCCCGGAACCGCCUCAAUCAGCACGAGAGGAGGAAGAAAGCCGCUGCAAGAGCUGCAGCCUUGGCUCAAUCUCAUGAUAGUAAAGACGGUGGAAAGCGAUCGACUGUCCCACAAAAACCUCUCCCACAUGAUGCUAUCCCGAAACCAAGUGUCCCUGAGAAGAGCAGCGAAGAAGCGCAAAGGGCCACAAGAGAAGAGACUCCAGAGCCGAUGAUCACAGACCGGAAAGUCGAAGACAUAACUCAGCUAUUAAUCGAUGCUGAACUCGACGACCUCGAAGCCGAAAGGAAUGGCCCCAAGUUUUUAAUCCGUAUGACCAAUGACAUCGCAGUCCUUGCCAAACAAAACCGGAAGCUCAUGCAAGAGAACUUCGAGCUGAGGAAAGGCCUCGAGAAGGAGGUUGAGGCGCGUGUUGAGUACAGCAAGCAGGUCAACAUGGAAUUCAGAGUCUACUACCUUGGGAUGCGGGCUCUCGCUCAGAGUCAGGCUCCACACUUGGACAGCAAACAUCACAUCGUCCUCUCCGCUUUCAUCAUGUCUAAUAAUCGACCCAUCGAGCAACAGCCGCAGGCCACCGGAGUGACCACAGUUGCUAGGAGUACUGAGACAACCCUCAACGCCCAGAUGAAAGACUUCUGCCAGCGAGGCAUCCAACACUACCUCUCGACAAUUGAAGUCGUGCCUAGAAGUGGCCUCGUCUCACUCAAGAGCCAGCUUGCUUUACUCUUCAAGACGUUGAUUGAGAGCCAUGAGCGGGAGAUCAGGGAUAUUCAGAAGGACACCGAGAUGCUUCGCCAGGAGAACAAGAAGCUUCGCGAGGACAAUGAGACAAUGAAGCAGGAGAUGAAGGUCCAGUACCUUGUCAUGCAGAACCUUCUCAAGAAAGUCACCAACGGAGAUGACAACGUUAGCCAGCUGAGCCUGUAG